CGAUCUUAUUCUUUUUAUGGACUACUAUUUUGGGUCAUGACUUAGUUCUUUGGAAAUUUCAUACAAAUGGCGACAAAACGAUUGAACAAGGAACUUUUAGACAUCUCUAAAAACCCUCCUAGUCCACGUUGUUCAGCGGGCCCAUUAAACGAUGACAUGUUCACUUGGGAGGGCAGGAUAAUGGGACAAGUAAGUAUAUGCUUUGUUUUAAUGGGACAAGACGGAACUCCUUAUGCUGGAGGAUUAUUUUUCUUGCGGAUUACGAUUCCCAGUGAUUAUCCUUUAAAACCUCCAAAGGUAAAAUUUAUAACAAAGGUUUACCAUCUAAACAUAAAUGGACAAUCUGGUGAAAUAUGUACGGCCCUACUAAAGUCACAUUGGUCACCAGCUUUAAGCAUACAUAAAUUAUUGCUUAGUAUAUUAUCAUUAUUGGGUUGUCCAAAUCCUGAUGACCCACUUGAUACAGAUGCUGCAAAACUAUAUGAAUCAGAUAGAAAACAAUACGAUAAAACGGCGACCGAAUGGACACGAAAAUAUGCCAUGUAGCAUUGUCAACUGAAAUGUCAUACACGUGUUUAAUUCAAAUUAAAUAUGUAGUACAAAAAUUUGACAUAUAUGACUUUUCGUUUCAGGAUGAUUUACAUUAUAAAAGUGUCUGGAUUGAUGUAUAUUUUCGAAAGAUUUUAAUAAAUUUUAUAUUCUCU